AUGGGUGACAAUUUGGGAUGCUUUCGAAUUUCCAUUGUUGCCUACGGAAACACCUACAAAAAUUCGCAUCAUGCGUCCACUGUCGACUUGCUGAUCCAGGGUGAGUUCGGUUGGGACCCCGAGGAAUUCCAUUAUGCACUUCAGCAAUGGGCAGGGCCAUGGAGCUCCAACUGGUACAAGUACCUGCUCACCGUGCCAUUCAUUCCAGUGAUCCAUUUCUUUGGCCUGAAUGACACUGGCUCUCUCUUUGCCCUGGAGUGGUGGAUGCACUUCCCCGAUGAGGGCGCGGGCGGCAAGUGCAACAAGGAGUUCUGGACCAAGUGGGUUCCGCGCCGUCUGAAACACAAUGCCUUCGUCCUCUCUCUGUGGGCCUGCGUGUGGCUGCUCGGUACCUACCCACUGGGACGCCCCCUCAGCGAGGGUUGGCGAUUCAUGUUUACCGUUUCAUUCUUCGCCCGCAUCGGAUUCUCGUCAGCUUGGAUGUUCAUCACCAACUUUACCCAUAGUCUUCCUUGGAACGAGUUCCUCGCGCAGGAUCCGGCCCGCACUUGGCCAGUGCUCCACAACGUAAUGGCGAUGGUUCUGGGUGGAAAGCACCGCUGGAACGAGAUGCUCUUCCACGACGUCCAUCAUGCCUUCCCCAAUGCCGUCGGAACGUUGAGCCAGCGUGGCCGCUUCCAUGGCUGGGAGAAAGUGCAUGAUGCUGCGGCGGAGGUGCUGCACCGUGGCCUGUGGAAGCCCAAUGGCGACGAGGAAACUCAAAUGCAGAAGACGCAGAAGAAGCGCUCCUUGAUGAUGAAGCAGGGCAAGUGA